UCACAUCUGCAGAAAGCAGAUGUUGCGCUUUUUUGGGAACUCGCGCAGCGUUUCCGCGCUGUCAUUGUUUCCGUUUCCACCUCCGAGAAGCCUCACGCCUCCACAUAUCUAUUUUUUUUUCUCUGUUGUUGUUUUGCCCCCGAAUCUGCUACGUUCCGAGAAGUUAGGACUAUCUGCAGUUUGAGGAGAAUUCAAGGCUUCUUUUAAACUAUGGGGGACAUCGAGGCUCCCGACUCGAAUCGGCCGCAGCAGACUGUCCUGCUCUCGCUUCUUCCCAGCAAGGAGUUCGCCACCUCAAGGAAAGGCAUGCUGCUUAUUGCUGAAGUGGUUCUGUCCUUUGUGUCAUUUGUGUGUUUCGCGGCAUCCACAGCGUCGGCCUUCGUGACGGUUCCCCUGCUGGAGUUCCUGGCUGCUCUCUUCUUGCUGUUUGCUUACUCCACCAAAUUCAACGAGAGGUUUAAAGGCUUCCUCUGGCCUCUUAUGGAUUUCAUGAGAUGUGUGACGGCCUCCAUUAUCUUUUUCAUCGUCUCCAUAAUUGCAGUGUCCAAAUAUGUGGAUGGCUCCUCUAAGGCUGCUGGGAUAUUUGGCUUCAUUGCCACCAUCGUUUUUGCUUUAGAUUUUUACCUCAUUUUUAAUGAGCUGGCUGAUUUCCUAAAGCAAGGAGGGGAGUCCAAUGAAGAGCCAUCGAGACAGCAAGAUGAAUUUUCAGACUCUGAUUCAGACUGAGACCAAAUGGAUCUUCAGUAUUGGAUAUGUUUGAGCAUAUAAAGUGAACCUUUGCAGGAGGAACUGCCACUUGCUAAGCUGCCGUCUGCAAGAGUUUCAACAUGCCGCAAGGUUACAGUAAUACUGAGUACAAUAGAAAUCACAUCGAUUUCACCCACACUGAUUGUUGUUGGUUUAUCGCAUGCAUUUAAAGGUAGUUGGGGGGGACUCUCCAUAUGAGUCUUUGAACCAGAUGAAUAAAUCUCUUUUACACAAUAAUCAUGUCAGGAAACAAGUCUAAAGUUUCAAGUAUGUUGGUAUUUCUAAAUGACUUAUUUACAGGCCAUCACAACUCUCAACUCAUAUCCAGAGUUUUAGGUGAAUUGGGAAAAAAUAAAUAAAUGCCAUUAUAAACCUGAUUCUUAAAUGAACAUAAAGCUGUGAAAUUGUUCAGUCUCCUAAUGUUUUUAGGCAUAUUUUUUGUACAAUCUACAUGUGGGAGCGUAUGUCUAAAUCUGAAAUAGUGACUGAUAUUGACUUCUGCACAUGUACUGCCACCCUUUUUACAGACACGUUGAUCGCCAACACUAAAUUAAUGUUGUUUAGGAGUAUGAAGAAAUAAUUUGUGUUGUGACAAAAAUGUUUUUAUUGGAAGUGCUGCACAAAAAGAAAAAAAAGGAAAGACACGAGGGACAUCUUCAUCAUUUUCGCAUUUCUAGUAUUAUCUUAAAGAACAAAGAGUACAAAAGAACAGGCUGGUUGUAAGCAUUGAGCAGGAAAAACAGCUAAACAGGUUGGCUGGUUUCAACCUCUGUCCAUUCGUCUUAACUCUACAAGAGUGUGUACUGUACUGCAUAGCAACCUCUUCUGGACUGUGCAUUUGCAAUUCCCAAUCUUUUUUAUUAUUUAUGUUGGAGAGGUAUCAUGAAUCCAAGCAACAGAAAUGAUGAAACCUAUUGAACUUAAACCCACAUUUCGACAGCCUUAAGUUUCAGUUUGCCUGCUGUAUGUGCUUCUUCUUUCAACCUUCAUGUGUCUGAAUAAGAGUGUGUUGAAGCCACUUAUAACCACUUAAUGCAUUGUUGUCUUGUUAAAUGCUAAAUAUCCAAUAUGUGAAUCUUUUUCUGUACUGAAAAGCGUCUUGUUUUGGUCGCCUGUUCACUUUUUCAUCAGCUCUGCAUGCACGCGAAUGUUUGAUUCUUCACUGCCACUACUGAGAGAUUAGGCACACUUGAACGCCACAGUGACUGUUUAUCUAAUGUACACUGCACUACAUGAGUGUUAACAACAGCACAGCGAACUGAGAAUGGAUGACUGAAAAUUGGCAUCAGUGACCUCUCAUUUCUCAUUUCCAUGUGUAAUUUCGACUGGCAUGUUAAUAGUUAGAAGAACACUUCCAAAGUUGCAAUCACAUCCAGUAGUUACUCUCCGUGGUGCCUUUUGUGGGAGGGUUUUGAUAGUUUGUUGCUUCUGUGUCUUCAUUUAUAUCCAGGUUUUGUUUUGAAUGUUGCCCAGGCAGAAAUAUGCAUAAGUUGUUGUCAGUAAACUGAGACUAAAGCUGAGAAAAGAGAUAUAUGUGAACAUCUGCAGCGCCCAAGAAGUCUAUGUAAUGUCGUCCUGGAAAAUGAGUGUGUCUCCAAGCUAAUAAAAACAUGUACGCUUUGUAUUUUUCAGACAGUC